AUAUUUUUAUUCUUUUUUAUGUUGGGUAUAACGAUCUGACAUGCAGCAACACUUACUGCAACGGUGUGGCAUGAUAGUUCUACAUUUUCAAAAUGUAAAUGAACUGGUACUAUGUUGAGUAGAUCACUUGAUGGCAUUCCUCGUGAUGGUAUUCAAGGUCGGAGGCUCUGACACGCACGCAACAUCACCAUAAUCAAAGACUCUAAUUUGUUGAUCUUCAUGUAUUUGUCGUACCGUAUGAACUGUGGAUGGAGAGAUACCGAACAGCUUAUAAUAGCAGUACUUUGGAGUCAAUUUCUGCGGGGUUUGUGAGAGUCCCUCCACAACAAACUCUAGAUGAUUUGAGAAAUCAAAUUGGAGAACAACUGAAUGGUGGUGGUAUUUUACCUGAUGAAUACGUCUUUCUGCGUUGUGUUGGUCGAUGUUUAGCCAUAGUUAAUAAAAUCCAAGAGUUGUCUUUGAAAGUGAAACACUUUCUUCCACCUAUUGUCUCAUCUCCAGAAAUUUUUGUUCUAUAUGGAAAUCACAGCAGCUUGUCACAAACAUUAGCUUCUUCUAUUAACACUGGCUCGGAUCUUCAAGACUAUGGGACUGUGCAAGAGUACCUUACAUAUACAAAAGAAAAAGAUGAAAACUCAAGGUUUUCACCACCAGGAAGAUUCAACAAUGAGCAUUUUGACACAGAUGCAAUGCAACGCCAUGUUCAUUUUGAACACAGUACUAGUGACAAUGUAGGGAAAGACAAUCUACAUCAAGAUUUGAAAAGAAAUCCUCCUGAUGAUAUUGUUAUUGAUAGAAGAAUCAAACAAACACAUUCAACAGAAUUACCACAAGACACAAAACCUCACAUGUCUGAUGAACCACAACAUAAGCUGAGUUCAAUGUCUAACAGUAGGCAAGAUAAUCAGAAUUUAUACAGUGAAAAUCGGAGGAUAUCUUUUGAGUUACCAAACGACAAUGGUAGCCAAGGAAACCAAGAUGAGAUUGACCAUGUAAAUGGUGUAAUCACACGAAAUAACGGAAGGAAUUCCCAUGAUGAUAAACAAAUCCCUUCAAGUUUGGAUGAUAAACAAAUGUCAUCAAGUUUCGAUGAUAAACAAAUGUCACCAAGUUUUGAUGAUAAACAAAUGUCAUCAAGUUUUGAUGAUAAACAACAUCAUGCUAAAAAUGACAAACGAAACAAAAUACCAAAAAAGAAUCCCCUGCUUCAUUCAAAAACAGCUCCAUCUUUAUUUCAAACGUCGAAGAAUAAGAACUUCGAUGAAGGGGACACUGAAAAAGGAGCAGAUAGUAAAAAAACAGAAAAUGCAAGAGAAAUAAAUAGCGAGAGUGUGAAUGAUGGAGUCUUCCGAGAGAAUUUGAAUGGUAGAAAAGAAAACGAAUAUUUGAUAUCAAAUGAAUAUCCUGAUCCUUUGGGAAUAAGUAACAAAAUUGAAAAUGAAGUCGCAAAAAAGACGAAAGAAAAUUUUAAUCAUCCUGGUUCGGAGGAUGAAAGCAUCAACCAAACUAGUUAUCAGAAGGAAAUGACCGCUGAAAAAGAUGGUUGCAGUUAUCAGAAGGGAAUGACCGCUGAAAAAGAUGGUUGCGAAGAGACAAGUGUGGUUGUUGAUUUAACAAAAGAUAUCAUCAAACAUAGUGCAGAUAAUUCAGUAGCAUCCAGUGGAUUUGAAUCAUUAAGCCAGUCAAAUAAUAACAACAACAGGCCCGACGUAGAGAAGAGCAAAAACGAUUUCGGUGUCACAAUUGCUGAUAAAGAGAAUCUAGUACUACAGUUACAAGCUGAACUGAAUGCAGUUAGAAGUGAAAGAUCAGAUAGUGAGAAAAGCAGAGAGCAAUUGCUAAAGAAAGUGAAAAAUAUCCAAAACCACAAUAAUCAGAAAAGAAAUCAAGCAAAAACAGUGUGGAAGAAAAAAUAUUUCGAAGAGAAAAAGAAGACAGUGUCUCUUGAGGAACGUUGUAAUCAGUUGAGAUACGAGGUGGAAGUUAUUCACAAGAAGAUUUUCUCUGCUGGUGAUUCGGCUAAAGACCGUGGCUCUGCGUCAUCAUAUUUAAAUAAAGAUGGCAAUCCUCAAAAGUUAAACGCAAGAAUUACGUUGACACGAAAAGAAAACGAAGUUGAGGAACUCAGACGUAGAGUGGAGGAGGCAAAAAUAAAACUGGGAUCAGAAAUGAAGCUUCGUGACAACGCUCAGAAAGAGUUGAAACAGAUCCGUGACGAAGUCAUCGAUAAAAAGAUUAACGCAACUCUUGUGAAAAAAAGUUUAUCUUUGCUAGAGACCCGUAGUCCUAAUGACACUUGAAACUAACAAAAGAGAUUAAUUAGUGCGCAUAUUGCAGUUUAUUUAUCCCUAUUUUUAUAUACAGUGUACAACAUUAU